UAGACGUUGUGCUCGGAAACUGAGGAUCCCUCGUUGUUUUUUUUGUUUUUUCUCUUUAUAAACAGAGCGAAACAAUUUUAUUUGGUUCAGUUAAGUGGCGUUUUAUGUUGGACCAAGUAGUCUGUUCUUUACUUUGCGUCCUCUGUUUGUGCGAGAAUGCGUUGUUGUCUUUUUUCGUUAGUUGGCUAGCUAACAAGCUAGCUAACAGCUAAGGUUGUUUUGAUUAUUAAUGUGAACAUUAACGUUACAUCGACGGUGUCUGGACUCAGUUGUCCAGAGCUAUUACGCGCUGGACGAUUUUCUUCCAUAUUGUCCGGAGAAAUGAGGAAAUUGUUUUAUGUCGUAGAUACUACGUUGUAAAACAUAUAGUUAAUGUAAACCGUGAGUAGCAGCUGGACCAGCUAGCUGGUAAGCUAACGUUAACGUCAAUUGGCAGUCGCCUAGCUUUCGCUAUCACCUUCGGGGACCCUCUGUUUCGUCCCUUACCCCGAACAGUGGACGUCUGGCGAGCUUAAAAAGCUCUCUGUGAAUCGGAUCCAAUGCGUGGGAUGAUGGGGACCCAGAGUAGUCCUGUCAAAAGUUACGAUUAUCUCCUGAAAUUUCUUUUGGUGGGAGACAGCGAUGUCGGGAAGGGAGAAAUCUUGGAAAGUUUGCAAGACGGGUCGGUAGAGUCUCCUUAUGCUUACAGCAGUGGGAUUGAUUACAAGACGACCACGAUUCUGCUGGAUGGGAGAAGAGUGAAAUUAGAGUUAUGGGACACAUCGGGGCAAGGUAGAUUCUGCACCAUCUUCAGGUCUUACUCUCGUGGAGCACAGGGCAUUCUACUCGUGUAUGACAUCACUAAUGGCUGGUCGUUUGAUGGUAUUGACCGCUGGAUUCGGGAAAUUGAUGAGCAUGCCCCAGGUGUGCCCAGGAUUCUGGUGGGAAACCGACUGCACCUGGCUUUCAAGCGGCAGGUGCCGACAGAGCAGGCAAGGGCUUAUGCAGAGAAGAACAGCAUGACUUUCUUUGAGGUCAGUCCACUCUGCAACUUCAACGUCAUUGAAUCCUUCACGGAGCUUUCACGCAUCGUGCUGAUGAGGCACGGGAUGGAGAAGUUUUGGAGGCCCAACAGAGUCUUCAGUCUCCAAGAUCUGUGCUGCCGCUCCAUUGUCUCCUGCACACCGGUGCACCUCAUUGACAAACUGCCCCUCCCUGUGGCCAUCAAGUCCCACCUCAAGUCUUUCUCUAUGGCCAACGGCAUGAACGCAGUCAUGAUGCAUGGACGCUCCUAUUCAGUGGCCAACAACGCAGCCUCCGGUGGUAGCAGUGGCGGAAGCAAAGCCAACAGUCUCAAACGCUCAAAGUCCUUCAGGCCUCCACAGAGUCCUCCAAAGAACUCGUCCUCCUCCUCCAAGGGGAACUGUAAGAUCUCAUAGUGAAGACAUGGACUAACGGUUGUCUCCAUAGGACCAAUAUUAAAGAUGUUGCUGCUCGAAGAGGCUACGAGCCCUAGAGAAGAGCAUGGAGAGCUGCAAGCUGUCUUCUUCAGAAAGGGAUAUAGUUGUGAACUUACACUGACCUUUGGGAGCUGACUUGGAUGACUGGUAUGUUUUCUGUUCUCUUUGCGCUUGCCAGUGCCAUCUUGUGGAUGUCCGUUUACCCGUACUCUUUACUACAGAGGCGCACUGUGAUCAAGUAGAACAAGAUUUCCCUGGGACCAACAGAUGUGAAUCAAGGAUUAUCACUCACCCGUUAACACUACAAAUGAGUGGACGGUCAUUAGCUAACUUUUAUGUGGAACAGGAUUGUUUAUUGGUAUUUAAAGUUGACUUGAAGUUGUAAAUAUACUGUAUGUGCUGUUGUUUUGGUCUGUGUUUAGUGAUUGUUCUUGGGGAGGAGCUUCUUGCGCUUGUUUUGUCGUGAAUGUUUUGGGAGCUUUGUUGUACAACUUAUUUGUGUCUUACGGCCUUUGCCUACUGUAGAAAAGUCCCUUUACAACCUGAGGGUGCUGAGCUACUAAUUUAAAACCGGCUUAAAUUGAAUGUCAUGAGCACACAGGGCUAGUUUCCCAGAUAUACUAGUACUAGACUUCAGAAAAAAUUCAGAAGAGCAAGUAAGCAAAGAAAUUUCUUAGCCUAGCACUACUUACUCUGUGAGACUGUCCAGCAAAGUCAAGCCAAGUUGUCUUGUUUACAAGACUUCCCGUGGUGCCACUAAAUUUCGACCUAAAUAAAUUCACCCUCCAUCUCCAUCAGUCUUUGGUUCAGACAUUUUUUGAACCGUCUCAGGCCAUUUAUGCCCCUAAAUCUAAUAUUCUCAGUUGUAUCAUUGCCUUAAAUAGUUUAAACCAUCAGCAGCAUGAUCAGUUUGAAUCUGUUAACUCCUGGGGCAAUUAAAAGAUUGCUCGGUGCUGAUGAGGAAACUUGUACAAACUCAGAUGUACAGCCUGUUUUCUCAGUUACAGCGUUUUGCCUGUAGAAUCUUCUGCAGUAGUGUCUUGGUUCUUAACAGGAGUGUAUAAACCUGAAAGAGAUUGAUGUGAGGAACAUUUUAGUUUGAUUUCUUUUUGGAUAUUUUAUAUAUAUAUAUAUAUAUAUGCUAUGUAUUUAUGAAUGUAAAACAAUAUUCAUCUGCUACUUUUCUGUGGCCAUGUGGUAAUAAUGUGGGACUGUAAGAAUCAGAGGUGGAAAGUCACUGGGUACAUCUGCUACUGUAAUGUUUUCUAUCAAGCGUUGCUGCUUGUCUGAGUAUUUGUACUUUUGCUGCUUAAAUGAAUUCUUAUUUCCCAACCCUUUUAAAAUGUGUGUAUAAUGGGAUUACAAUGGUUGUUUACAGCUGUUUUUUUUAGGACACAAUGCAAGAACCAUAUCAUAUAUGAACUGAAAGGCUUAAGAAGGGGCUCAAAUGCUUCUAACUAUUGACAUUAUUAGUUUCAAUAAUUACACUUUUUUUUUUAAAUUUCAGCCCUCUUUCCACCUCUGAUUAAACACGUGCUGUAUUUCCACCUGAACAUUCCCAGUGUCAUGGCUGGAUGUAUGAAAUAAGGUCAAAAAGUGCAUAAAAAAGUUGGUGCAUGUUUCCUACUGGCGCCUGUUUUCUGUAGUGUAUGGUGUGAGACCAGUACAAUAGGCUAACAGAAAUCUUGGGUGAACAUUUAAAGCACUAUAUGUAAUAUUUGAUAAGGAUUGUUAGGAUUGCUAUCACCACUGUGCGUCUAAAGGUUUGGAUACGGGAUUAAUUAUAAUUUUGUCUCCCAUUGAACAACGGUCACCCAUCAAAAUAAAGGCUAAAACUACA